AUGGCUCCGGAUACACCUGCGUGGCUGGAGGAAGCAUAUCCGGACAGCCAGUCGCCCAGCUAUCUGGUGGAGGCUGUGGAUGGUGUGCCGGCCCAGGAUGAGACUCUGAAAGCUGGAGUGCUCAUUGUAGGCAUUGCCGGUGUGCCGCUGCUCGGCCUUUCUGACGAUGCUUUGGAAGAUGCCUUCGGCUCCCACUUUCAAGACGGAGUGGAGCUCCUCCUCUUGGAUUCAGAGGAGCUACAGCGGGCGACGGUGGAGAGAGACUCACAAGGCGAAUGCCCCUGCAACGAAGCCGACGAUGAUGUGGAGGGUGAUGCCGUGCCAUUGGAGCAGGAGCUGGUGGAGCUUCUGGAGCACGGCAGCGUGCUGAACCUACGCCUGUGUCCGGCCACGCAGCUCCGGGACCUGGCACCCGAAGUGCGUGCUGCGCUGGAUGACGACCUGCAGACCUUUGCCGCGCUCCAUGACUUGCGGGUGGAGCUGCAUUGCCCUGAAGCCACCACAGCAUCUGCAAGGCUGACCUUAUGCGGGGUGCCAGAUGACGUGAAUGUCUCAAGAAGUGAAGCCGAAGAGCUUAUGAGGUUCUAUGGCUUGCUUCCAAAGUCUGGGGAGGAGGCGAGUACAGUGGAGGUGGAGGGCCUGGUCAUGAAGUCGCUGCCUGCGAGACACCGGCGCCGGCGCAAGGCUCCAGAGACGGCGCCCGGUGAAGAGAAGGCAAGCAAGGCUCCGAUCUUGGAGGCGCCUGAGGCGCUCGGUGAAGUGGUCGGAGAGCCCCGAGAGCGCCGAGCGGGUUCGGCAAUCUGCACAUCCGACACGUCCGAAGAGCGAAGGUACUUCGAGUACCUGGACCACACGGCGGAUGUGAUUCUUCACUCCUGGGGUCACACUUUGGAGGAAGCCUUCGAACAGUGCUGCGUCUCCUUCUUUGCGUAUCUGACGGACCUCGACACCGUGAGCCUCUCAGAAACCGUGGAAGUCGAGGCAUCUGGGCACGACAUGACGGAUCUCCUGUACCACCUCCUGGAUGAGUUUCUCUUCAGCUUCAGCACGGAGUUCGUGGUUUGCCGGCGGGUGGAGGUCUUCGAGUUGGACACAACCGACAUGACGCGGUUCCGAGCGAAGGCCAGAGGCCGUGGGGAGAAGUUCGACCUCAAGAAGCAUCCACAGGGCACGGAGAUCAAGGCGAUAACGAUGCACCAGAUGAAGGUCUUGACGCCCACCGAGGUGAUUACCGAGGCAGGCACUCAGCCUCGAGUUGAGUGCCCUCAAGAUUCACAAGAUGGACGUGCGACGAAGCCAGACUUUCCCUACGAAUGCUACGCGCUGGUGGACAUCUGA